AUGUCUACACUAUUCUACCCACAAUUCGUGGUUCCCGUGUUGGGACUCCAAGUGGGCGGAGUCUUGGGAGAUGUGUACCCAAGGGUGAUAACGUAUUUGAUAGCAGCGUUGGUGAUUCAUCAUGGCAUUAACACAACUACACUAUUCAUUGCUCACUGCCGUCUAAUGCUAUUAUCUCGUUCUCUAAUUCUCCGAAAAAACUCGACGAACGUGUUAUUAAAACGCGCCCACCAACUGGCGGGUAUCAAUUAUUUUCUGAUGAUUGUCAGUGUUGCAAGUAUACUUUUAUUGUUCAACGUGGAUAGUCUAGAAUAUCAGAAUACGUGGAAGCAGGAGUAUUAUCAAAAGUAUAAAUUGGAUUUCAUCUGGUGUCCAAAGUACUACGUCCUCGACCCAACCGUUUGGGAAUUCGAGGUUAUGAUGGGCGUGGCUUGCUCCGUCACCGUACUAUUUGCUUUUGUAUUUGUCCUAUGUAGUAUUACAACCAUCGCCAUCGUCCAAUCUGCAAAAGAUACCAUGUCUGUCCAAACUAUGAGAUAUCAUAUGCAGGUUGUCAUCUCAUUCCUCAUUUCUUGUGGGAUUCAAGCGUUUUUUGUUGUACUCCCAGUGUUUCAUAUGCUGCUAUGUGUUUAUUUCGAAUUUGUGAAGACUUAUACGGGUGGUUUACUUUUUUAUUCGGUGUUCACUCAAGCACACCAGGGAACCGCAUUCACGUUGUUCUAUGUGCUAUCGCAUAGAAAGACAAAGAAGACUUGGAGGAAAUCCGGAAAACCCACAAAAGUCUACAUAGACCUAUUCAUCCGGACUAUGGGCCCAGUGGCCGACCUGGCUUACACCUACUCGUUUAAUUGUUACUUCCGACAAAUGUGGACGGAUGAUAGACUGGUUUUCAAUAAUAGUGGGAUUGGGUUCAGGCAGUUGUCGUUGAGUAUGGCGAUGCUGGAUAAGAUUUGGAAGCCGGAUACGUACUUCUGGAACGGAGCCGGUAGCUAUGUGCACGGCAUCACCACUUCGAAUCGAUUGGUACGGUUGGAGACUGACGGGACGAUACUGUACUCGAGUAGGAUUACGGUAAAAGCCAAAUGCCAAAUGGACAUGAGUCGCUACCCCCUUGACAAGCAAGCGUGCCGCCUUAUCAUCGGCUCCUACGCCUACUCAUCCGACGAGGUUCAAUAUAAAUGGAGGAUAAUGGGAGAGGAUAACGGAGUGAAGAUUGACUACGAGAGUAUCGCCGAUCUUCCACAAUUCUCACUUUCUGGAUUUAAGGUUUAUGAGGCGGCGAAUUUGACGAGAGACAAGGAGUACUCCGCGCUGGAAGUGCGCUUUUAUUUCGACAGACACUUUGGGUACUUCCUGAUGAAUUUCUAUGUUCCGUGCGCCCUGGUGGUACUGUUGUGUUGGGUGGCGUUUUUCACGAAACGAGAAGCGACUGCCGAACGGAUUGGCAUUGGAAUUACCAACGUCCUUACCAUAGUUUUGAUCUCACUUGAUAGCAAAUCGGAUUCCCCCAAAGUUGACAGUCCGACUGCGCUGGAAGUCUACAUUUGGAUAUGCUAUCUGACCCAUUUGAUAUGUAUGGUCGAGUUUACCGUAGUCCACUAUCAUACCAAGUACAACACGGGCGAUCCGGAGAUUCAGGAAGUGGAAAGGGAACGCUUGCGACAGAUUAUUAAGCAGAUUCCGAAAAAUUCAAACAGUCGUUCCUAUCCGUCGAUGGAGCGUCGGAAUGCAGCGAAACCUGUGUCUAUUACGCGCUCCCUUCCCAACAAGGCCACCAGAUUUAUGUCUGUCCGUCACCCCAAGAAAAGUGAGCAACACGAAUCGAUACAGCUGAUGAGGAAGAUUAGUCAUAUGGAGACAACGAAUACUCAGAACGAGGCAGAAAACAACACGACGAAUAUGGAGUCGUUCCGACAGGAGAAUGUGGGAUGGAGAUUGUAUUAUUGGAUGAUUGAUCAUAACAUCAAAACCGACCCAUUCGGUGUCGCCCAGAACUCGAUCAGCCGAAUCGACAAGAUCUCCGUGGUGGUCGCACCACUCAUCUUCAUUCUAACCAUUGCGUUGUAUUAUGAUUUUUAUGUAAAUCGAAAGUUUACAUUCCAUUUUGAUAAUGAUUUUAGGAACAUAUAG